AUCCUCCUUAGCGACAAGUGGCGCUGCGCGUGGAGACAAUGGGUAGUGAAAUUGUAAAGGUGGCGCUGCAAAUAUUUGCAAAAUGAAGUUGAGAAAAUGAGUGCCGUAAUUGUAGCUUUAAUUUGUAUCUCUGCGUGAUUUGUCCGUGUCGCCGUAAGCUCGAGAGCGUGCCAUCGUGAAUGGGAGUGUUUGAUGGGGCGCGCGAUAGUGUUUUGGGUGUGUAAAAUGCGAAGAUUGAUGUGACCAUCUCGCUGGGUGCAAGUCGGAUGCCGCCACUGAUACUGUCGUCGGAAGCGAAGCAGGGCCCCCAAGUACCUGUCCCGGAGCGCGCGCCCUCAGUGGCGACGACAAUGGCGGCCGAGAUGGGGCCGCCCAGCAAUUCAGUGCUGUGGACCGCCGUGUUCGACUACGAUGCUCAGGGCGAAGAUGAACUGUCACUGCGUCGUGGCCAGAUUGUCUACGUGCUAUCCAAGGACAGCAACAUAUCCGGAGACGAGGGCUGGUGGACGGGCAAGAUAGGUGACAAGGUGGGCAUCUUCCCUUCCAACUUUGUCACCGAUAGCGACCCGCUGCUGCCUAGCGCUAUGAUCGGUAACAUCCAGCCAGAGGAGAUUGGGUAUCAGGAGCUAGAGCUCAAGGAGGUCAUCGGCGUAGGUGGGUUUGGCAAAGUGCACCGCGCUUACUGGGGACACGAGGAGGUGGCCGUGAAGGCUGCCCGUCGUGGUCCUGACGAGGACAUCGAUGUCACGCGCAAGAACGUCCUCCAGGAGGCCAAGCUCUUCUGGUCGCUCAAGCACGAGAACAUUGUGGCUCUGAAGGGAGUGUGUCUGAAGGAGCCGAAGCUUUGCCUUGUGAUGGAGUUUGCCCGUGGCGGCUCUCUCAAUCGCAUCCUCGCUGGCAGGAAGAUCCCACCCGACGUACUUGUGGACUGGGCCAUCCAGAUCGCCCGCGGGAUGAACUAUCUGCACAACAUGGCCCCCAUCUCUGUCAUACAUCGCGAUCUCAAGAGCUCCAACGUGCUCAUUAGCGAGGCAAUCGAAGGCGAUAAUCUCCACAACAAAACACUGAAAAUCACAGACUUUGGACUCGCCCGUGAAGUAUACAAGACCACAAGAAUGUCUGCAGCUGGAACUUAUGCUUGGAUGCCACCUGAAGUUAUUAAAUGCGGCACCUAUUCGAAAGCUUCAGAUGUGUGGAGUUAUGGUGUUCUCCUAUGGGAACUGCUCACUGGAGAGACGCCUUAUAAAGGAUUUGAUUCCCUGUCGGUCGCUUAUGGUGUUGCUGUCAACACUCUGGCGCUACCGAUCCCGAAGACAUGUCCUGAAGCAUGGGGAAAACUCAUGAAGGGUUGUUGGGAAUGUGAUCCUCAUAGUCGACCGUCUUUCAAAGAGACACUCCGAGAAUUGGAUGUAAUUGUGCGUUCAGGAUUUACUCAAACACCUCACGAGUCCUUUCACACAAUGCAAGAUGGGUGGAAGAAAGAAAUUGCUGAAGUUCUUCAGGAAUUGCGCAAGAAAGAAAAGGAAUUGCGAUGCAAAGAAGAAGAACUGACACGUGUUCAGCUUCAGCAGCGAAUCCAGGAGGAAAAUUUGCAGAAGCGCGAACAAGAACUGCAAGCUCGUGAAUUGGAGCUGCUCGAGAGGGAGAUAAAUGUCAUGAUAUCACAAAAUACGCCAACUCCAAAGAAAAGACGAGGAAAAUUUAGCAAGAGUCGAUUGAAGUUGUUGAAACGUGAACCGGGACAAAUAUCUUUUCCACUGGACUUUCGGCACACCAUCACUGUCCAGCAUACGACGCUGAGGGAGGAGAAUCGUCUGCGAACAGACACUCCACCUGGUUCACCGUCAAUCCCGAGACUGAGAGCUAUUGCACACCCAGCUGAUGUGAUCAAAGGAAAAACAUGGGGUCCAUCGACCCUCCAUCAGCGUGAACGAGGCCAUUUGCCAGCCCUCCGUCCCACGGCGUGGACACCGGCACAGUUCAGUAAGAGUGCCCCGAAUUUGGAUAAAUCCCGUACGGCGAUGACCACGCUGGCAGUUGCACAGACCCCAUCGCGGAAUGAUAUCUUAGGUAAAAGUCAUGAAGGUUUAAAUACACUUAGUUGUAGAAAGUAUAGUAGACCGAGGAGAGAAGAUGGCCAUGUGCUAAAUGAUAGUUAUGAGAUGAAUGAGGACGAUGAGGAUAAUGAAUUCUCCAAGACGGGGUGCUUUGGAUUCAUACGCAGCGAUGAGAGCUAUUCACGUGGCAACAGCACCUCCUCGUCGCACGUGAUCAAUCAUAAGAAGUACAGUUUGGAUAGCAAAAUGCCAGAUGGGAGUGUUAAGGGUAAUGUUGAUGAUGUGCCUUAUGACAGGGUGUUUUAUCGGACGAUUCAGAAGAGUUUGGAUGAGUUAUUUGUGCGCGAUUGUGGUGAUUUUGGUGCUCAGUCGGCGGAUAGGGGUUACGGUAGGGAGCAGAGGGUGGGUUCUCGAUCGAGUGGAGAUCUGUCGGUAUAUGGCGAGGAGGAGGAGAGUGUGUACAAUAAUCGUUUCCAGCGAUAUGGAUCGGAUUCACAAUUUCCCCGUGAGUGUUUCUUCACUCAAAAGCCAACAUCCAAAUCGAUUGACCUCACAGAAAUGGAGUCUGAUCGCGCGGAUCGCGAAAGUAAUCAGUUUCCUUUUUUCGCUGCCAAUGUGGGUAAUGAGCGAUCGUUUGGGGAGGAACGAACCAAUUCUUUCUGUAGUGAUCACUCUUCAACGGACACCUCCACACCUUCCCGAAAGAGUUCUGUAACGUUUCGUCGGGAUGUUGAAGUAACAAAUCACGAUUCAUCAGAAACGUCAUCGUACAGUCUUCCAUCUUAUCACAGCGAUGAGAUGUCCAGAGAAACGCGAUUAGUAACAAUGUAUCCUCCACUGAGGAGUGAAGUGUCACCAAGGAAAUUUGAGAAGAUCACCACUCUGACGUCCGACAAGGGUUCUUAUGGGUCGGGUGAUUUGAAACAAGGGAAAUCGACAGGCUCAAAGAGUAAAUCCUCAGUGUAUCUUAAACGCUUCAUUCAAUUGGCUAAGCCAUCUAAACAGAAGAAGAAGUUCGAUGGGUCAUCAAAUAGUGGCAAGGGUGAAAUGAGCGAGAGGCUCUUAACGGAGAGUAGCACGGAAUCUACGUAUGAUACGGUUUACACCCCAAAUUUCGUGAUUGCACGUCAGAAUGAUAAGUAAUUGAAUAGUGCAGGUACUUUGGACGGGAUGAUUUGUAGCAAGGUUUACCGUGUCUCAAAUCAUACCACUCAUAGUGAAGAAUAAGGGAUAAAAUCAUUUAAUUCCAAUAAAAAGAGUUUAGAAUUAGGAUAAAAUUGAAAAACUACCAAGUAGGAUGCCAGCUGAAGAAGUUGAGAAGUAACUUCAAUAGAAUCUUAAUAAAAAGAGAAUUAUUAGAUACUAAGAUUUAACGUUUGUUUGUUUCUUUUAAGAUUUUAUUUAAUAAAAGAACGUAUGAAUAGAGGAAAUAAUUAAAUUUUCCAAUCCUUUGCAAUUUUGUAAUUGUGUUAAGAAUAUUAUUUUCGGAUUUAUUUUAUAUUGAUAAUGAAUAAACAUUAUAUAUUAGUGUUAAUUUUUUUUUAGAAAUAUUCCUGUUGAUAUAGAAAUUUCAGUUUUCUUUCUUUACUUAUAAAAUAAGAUGUGAAGCACAAUAAAUUUUCUUUCAUUUAAUUUAUUUAGAUAAUUAUUUCUUUUUUGAAUUACUCUUAAUUUGCUGCAUGAAUUGUGUAGAGAUGGAGAAAAAAGCUAAGCUUUUGUAGAAUUGUAUUGAAUUUUUUGUAUGUUGUUCCCAAGUGGACAAAAAAGGUACAUAUUUCAUUUAUCAAACUUCUACCAUGCAUAAGUUAUCUGUAUUAAUUUAAGUCCAAAUUGUUUUUUGUACUAUUAUUUGAAAUUGUGAAUAAUUGUAUAAGACAGUGGCUUUCUACGGUAUCGGUACUUGUAAUCAUGAAAAAAAAGGUGACCUAUUAUCAGUUAGAAUACUUUUGAGACCCACUGUAUAGGCACAAUGGAAUUUUCAUAUGGAAUUAUCAACUUAAAAUUUUCAUAUUGAUUCUUUACAGUGUUGGUACAACUUUGUAUAUAAAUUUGGUGGACGGUUUUUACUUCUUUUUCACGCCAUAUUAAAGAGAAUUCCCACUAAAAUAGCAAUGUAAUUUCUUAUUUAAUAAUUCCUUAUUUAUUUAGAUGAAAAUGCAAUAUUACUCAAUGAAUAACGAGCACUAAUACGGAAAAUUGCUUUAUGAAAAUUUUAAGUUCCUAAUAAGCCAUUACUAUUGAAAACUGAUAUGAUGAGUUAUAUGUUCUAAUAAGGAGCCAACAAAAGAAUGUUACAGGAUAAUAUUUUUUGGUGAUGGAUUUGCAAUGAUGAUGUUUCCUCCAAGGAAAAUCUUUUUACAUUGUAUAUUUUUUGGCAAUGCUGAAUAUUGUACCUUUCUUAAUUGUCUUUUUCCUAAUUUUUUUUCUGUUCUAAUGCCGUAGAUGUGAAAAUUUGUGCUGUAUUUUUAAUUCUUUUUUUUGUAAAUUGUUUUUUAUGUAAUUUGGCAAAUAAAUUCUUUUAAUUUCAUAUAUAAACAACUAUAACUGGGUUGCGGUGUUUGUUCAAUACUUAUUUCUCGCGAGCUUUUUAUCGCUUUUCGUUUACUUUUAGUAGGUAAUAGAAUCUGCAAGAUUGGUGUCGGCAAAAGUGGUGGGUUCAAUGUUUGGUAGCUGAGAGAGAGUGUGGAGAAGUGUAA